UCUCUCUCAUCUCUCUCUCUCUUCACGUACAUACAAGCGCAUGUAUCUAUCUACAAUUGAUGCACAUAGGCACAAUCUCGACUGAUCGUUUUCUGGAAUAGCGUUCGGGAAUAUAGCUUUUGAACCCUAGUCACAAACCCUUAAAGCAGACGCGAGAUAAAAAUGGAGUGGAACCCCGAAACCCUACAAUUCCUCUCACAAUGCUUCCUCAACACCCUAUCUCCGCUGCCGGAGCCCCGCCGCCGCGCAGAAGCGGCUCUGGCUGAGGCCGCCGAUCGUCCUAACUACGGCCUGGUAGUUCUUCGGCUGGUUGCCGAGCCCUCCGUCGAUGAGCAGGUCCGCCAAGCGGCAGCUGUUAACUUCAAAAACCAUCUGAAAGCGCUUUGGUCCGUUCAGCCCGACGACGGAGCACAAAUCUUUGUACCGAAGCUGGAAAAGGAACAGAUUAAAGCUUUGAUUGUCACUCUAAUGGUAAAUACCUCACCGAAAAUUCAAUCUCAGCUUAGUGAAGCUUUGUCUAUUAUCGGGAAAUAUGAUUUCCCUAAAGCGUGGGAGACUUUGUUGCCUGAUUUGGUUGGAAUGUUGGAUAAGUUGAGUCAGGCAAAUGAUUAUGUUUCAGUUAAUGGGGUUUUAGCAACUAUUAAUUCGUUGUUUAAGAAAUAUAGAUAUCAGUAUAAAACAAAUGAGAUGUUGCAAGCUUUGAAAUAUUGUCUUGAUAAUUUCGCUCAGCCGUUGUUGGAGGUGUUUAAGCGGACUGCAGGAUUUUUAGACCAGGCUGUGGGUUCUGGUGCCGCAAAUGCUAGGGUGCUCAAGGAUUAUAUAGAGUCGCAGAGGUUGUGUUGUAGGAUUUUUUAUUCAUUUAAUUAUAUGGAGUUGCCAGAAUUUUUCGAGGAGCAUAUGGAAGAAUGGAUGAUUGAGUUCAGGAAGUAUUUGACGGUAAAAUAUUCUGCUUUGGAAGAUAAUGGGAAUGAUGGGGUUACUUUGGUCGAUGAGCUGCGAGCUGCUGUAUGCGAGAAUAUUAACUUGUAUUUAAAGAAAGACGAGGAGGCUUUUCAGAGAUAUUUAGGUGGGUUUGUGGAGGCAGUGUGGGCGCUUUUGGUGGUCGCCUCGAAUUCUCCUAGUCGGGAGAGGCUGACUGUGACUGCUAUUAAGUUUUUAACUACGGUUAGUACGAGUGUUCAUCACACGUUGUUUGCAGGGGAUGACAUUUUGCAGAAAAUUUGUCAGAGUGUUGUGAUUCCCAAUGUGAUGUUAAGGGAUGAGGAUGAGGAACUUUUUGAAAUGAACUAUGUAGAGUUCAUAAGGAGAGAUAUGGAAGGCAGUGACCUUGACACAAGAAGGAGGAUUGCUUGUGAACUCUUUAAGGGAAUUGCUUUGAAUUAUAAGGAGAGAGUUACUCAGAAGGUUUCUACUCAGGUGCAGUCUCUCCUGGCCUCGUUUGCACAGAAUCCAGCCGUAAACUGGAAGCAUAAAGACUGUGCUAUCUAUUUGGUUAUUUCUCUUGCCACAAAGAAAGCUGGUGGCAGUAUUAUUUCCACUGAUCUUGUUGAUGUUGAGAGAUUCUUCGGUGAUGUUAUUGUGCCGGAGCUGCAAAGUCGUGAUGUGGAUGGAUUUCCAAUGCUGAAAGCUGGGGCAUUGAAGUUCUUCACCAUGUUUAGGAAUCAGAUCUCGAAACCUGUUACGUUGGCGUUGCUCCCUGACGUGGUUCGCUUCCUCGGCUCUGAUUCAAAUGUUGUUCAUUCAUAUGCUGCCAUCUGUAUUGAGAAGCUUUUUAUGGUCAAGGAUGAAGGGGGAAGGGCAAGAUACUCAGCUGCAGAUGUCGACCCGUUUCUGCUUGUGUUGAUGACCAAUCUUUUUAGUGCCCUUCAGAAGCCUGACUCCGAGGAAAACCAGUAUGUGAUGAAGUGCAUCAUGAGAGUGCUUGGAGUUGCCAAUGUUUCGCACGACGUUGCUUUACCUUGCAUCAAUGGUCUCGUGUCGGUUCUAAACAGAGUCUGCGAAAACCCAAAGAAUCCCAUCUUUAACCAUUAUAUUUUUGAAUCCGUGGCCCUUUUAGUCAGACGGGCUUGCGAGCAGGAUCCAUCAAUCAUUACAGCUUUCGAAACUAGCCUACUUCCCAGCUUGCAGAUGAUCUUAUCCAAAGAUGUUAGCGAGUUUUUCCCUUAUUCAUUCCAACUUCUGGCUCAACUCGUUGACUUGAAUCGAUCUCCUUUACCAGCUAAUUAUAUGGAUAUUUUUGCAAUACUCCUCCUACCUGAAUCAUGGAAGAAGUCUGCAAAUGUUCCAGCCCUUGUCCGUUUGCUCCAGGCCUUCCUCAGAAAGGCACCAAAUGAGCUAAAUCAGCAGGGGCGAUUAUCUAGUAUCCUUGGAAUAUUUAACACGCUAGUUUCAUCUCCUAGUACUGAUGAACAAGGAUUUUAUGUGCUCAACACUGUGAUUGAAAACCUUGGAUACGAUGUAGUCUCUCCAUACAUUAGCCAUAUUUGGGUUGCUCUGUUUAAACGGCUGCAGUCCAAUAGAACUGUGAAGUUUAUCAAGUCUCUUGUUAUAUUCAUGUCACUUUUUCUGGCGAAGCAUGGUCCGCAGAAUCUUGUUGCCUCAGUGAAUACCGUUCAGCCUGAUGUUUUCCGUACAAUUUUGGAGCAAUUUUGGGUACCUAAUCUUACUAGGGUUAUAUGUGAGUCUUUGCCUCCAUCAGAUACGAAGCUUUGGGGGAAAAUGCUCGACAGCAUUGUUACACUCAUUUCACGGCCAGAAGAGGAAAGAGUGGAAGAGGAGCUUGAUAUUCCAGAUUUUGGUGAAACUAUUGGUUAUGGUGCCACGUUUGUCCGAUUGUACAAUGCUGGGAGGAAAGAAGAGGACCCUGUGCGAGAAAUAAACGAUCCUAAGCAAUUUCUGGUUGCAUCUUUGGCUAAUUUAUCCGUACGUUCCCCUGGAACAUAUCCCUCAAUCAUUACCGAAAAUCUUGAACCAGCAAAUCAGGCUGCAUUGUUUCAACUCUGCAGCUCCUAUAACCUCACCGUUGUUUGAGGCAAACGUUUGUCCUUUGGAAUGAUGUUUCAAAUGAUGAAAAUUUGUCUUAGUUACGGAGUCUGGUCCUUUUCAACGUUUGUCCUUAAAUAUCUACUGCUCUUGCAUCCAAUCAUCCAGAUUAUCAACCAAGUGUUCUUCAACAUACACUUAUAUAUAGCCUCUCUCCUUUUCGGUGCUUUUCUGUAAAGGCGAUUGAAGAAACAAGUACUUUUGCUGCAGCUGAGUGUCAUGUUCUAGUUGUUAUGAAGGUUAGGUCUUGAUAUUCUCUGGUUUUGCUUUAUUAAUCAUUUCCAGCCGUGAAAUUAGUUAGUUGUGCCAUGCAUGAUUUUGUUGCUUCAAUUCAAUCAUGUCUCUUUCGUCUCUUCUUUAAAUUAGCUUUCGGCUCAAUACACGAUAGUGGGAUUGUGCAUUGGAACUCGAAAAGUGUGACCUUAAGAAACUAUUGUUACCACACUAGAAUUCAAAUGACAUGCACAUGCGUAACACAAAAUUAUUUGUUGUCCGA